ACAUAUACACGCACCCACCCACCCAAACUCACCAAAAUUGAUCAAAAAAAUCAUCAUUUCAUUUCGCAAUUACAAAAACCCACCAAAUUCCACUCUAUAAAUCAUAUCUAAUUUCCCCCAAAUUUCACACCCCGUAUUUCAUAUUCUUUCGAUUCGCAAAAGUUAAUCCAAUAAUAAUAAUCUUUUUUCUUUUAUAAUCCCAAAGUUUAUUGCUUUUUUGCUUUAAUCAUCUAGUUGGAUCCUAAAUCAUAUACCCUUUUCAUUAUUUUUGUUUUUGAGGUGAGGAAGUUGACUAUUGAAAUCUGAAAUGGAUGAUGCUUUAUCUGUUGAAAAUUUUGAUCCACCUCGUAUAUGUGCAUUAUGCCAUAGAAUGCUUUCCUCCGAGAAUGACCCUAUCGACCUUGAAAACAUGAGUAUAUGCGGUGAUUGUAAGUUUUUGUUUUUAGAAGAAAAUGGUACCCCAUCACAACAACACGUUCCACGAAUGACUAGUAGAAUAAGAAGGGCAAGAUAUAACAACAGUUCCGAAUCUAUUGAAGAUAUGUUUUCGCAACAGUUUUCGACCAUGAUCACUCUUGCUAGACACAACCCGCCUGCUAUUUCUGAUACAAGUACUCGUACGACACCUAAUGGUUCAAGAAGAUGGAGGAGAGUUGUUUCAGAUACGGAAAGUGAGGGUUUUGAUUCUGUUAACGGGGAGAGUGAUGUCAUUUCUUAUGGAUAUGAUUCAGAAGCUUCUGUAGAUGUUCAUAGUUUUCUUGGUGGCGAUUCAGAUACAGACAUUGACCCUAUGCAUGCGGGUCUUAACCAAUGGAGCUCUGAUGAAGAAGAUGUUGCAUGGGAAGAGGUUGAAAAUAGUGAAAAUACCCUUGGAUCUUUGAUUGCUAGAGUUCAACUUCAAAGAUCAAUGGUAUCCGAUGGUCAAUUUUCUGAAACCGAAGGUUCAAUUCGUGUAAGAAUCAGUGAAAGAAGACAAGUUCAUGUAACAAAUCCAUUUGGUAAUACGGAUGAUGACCAUGAAACAUUGCCUUAUGUGGGAAAUUCUGGGGACUAUCUUGAUGCUAGAAGCUUUGAAGAGCUCUUGGAACGGCUAGCUGAGGCUGAUAAUACAAGACGUGGAGCACCACCUGCAUCCCUUUCUUUUGUGAAGAAUCUUGAUUGUGUGGUCGUUAAUGCGACAGACCAUAAUGGGUUGGCUUGUGCCAUUUGUAAGGACACAUUGACGGUUGGCGCCGUGGUGAACCGGCUUCCUUGCCUUCAUCUGUACCAUCGGCCGUGUAUUAAACCGUGGUUAAGUGCACGUAAUACUUGCCCAUUAUGUCGGUUUGAGCUUCCAACUGAUGACAUGGACUAUGAAAACAGGAAACAAAUCAACAGCCAUGUAUCAGGUGUUCAAGAAGUUGAACAGCAAGUCGAGGAUACAUCUUUUGAAGAGCCUGAAGGUCAAAUAAUCAUAAAUACCAACAGUGAGGUGGAUACAGGAAGUGAAAGAGGACGGUGGUUGUUUAUGGCAGCACCACUAGUGAGUCUAGUAGGGAUCGGUCUUGCUUUGUGGUUAGGCAAUCGUGGAGCCAUUACGACUUCUGGUUCUUGUGUUUCUAAUCAAAGGGCGAAUAGAAGCAGGAGAUGGUGGGGUCUUUUUUAGUUUCGAAGAGUUGUGAGAUGAAUCAUGAGGUGAUGAAAAUGGUUUUAUGGUUUGUUUGUUUCGUUAUUUUUUAUCCGUGGUUAUAUGGAUACUAGUGUUAAAGGAUGAAUGAACGUCCGAGAGGAUUCAGGUUAGCAUUUGUACAUAAUUUUGCUUCUCAUUAGGAUCUUGAUGGUUGGUUUCGUUAACUUUUUGAUUAGUUUUUGCCGGUUGUAACCUGUUUCUGUUCUGUUACUAAAGAUGUGCUCGAGUGUUAACCAGGACUUCUGUAUGGGAUGUGCCAACAAGUCUAGUCGUUUACUUGAAGAUUAUUGUCGUGAUAGAUGAUGACAGGUUUUGGACAAUGAUAUUUACUUGUUACUUGUCAAUGAGAUUCAAACACAGAAUUGUUAAAAAAGUUUCAUUUUUCUUCCCCA